AUGGCCGAAGCCACAGAUCCCCUCACGAAAUCCGUUCUCAACGGCCGACAGCUGGCGCUGAAGAUCUCGGCGAACUCAGUUUACGGCUUCACAGGCGCCACUGUGGGCGUGCUGCCCUGCCUAGACAUCUCCUCCUCCGUCACAGCAUUUGGGCGAACGAUGAUCGACCAUACCAAGCAGAUGGUUCAGGAGAACUUCUGCAUCGAGAAGGGCUACGCGCAUGACGCAGAAGUCAUCUACGGAGACACAGACUCCGUCAUGGUGAAAUUUGGUGUCGACAAUAUCGCUGAGGCCAUGCGGUUAGGGCAGGAGGCGGCCGACCUGGUCUCAGCCACCUUCGCAAAGCCGAUCAAAUUGGAGUUUGAGAAGGUGUACUGCCCAUACCUGCUCAUGAACAAGAAGCGCUACGCUGGCCUGUACUGGACGAACCCGGAGAAGUACGACAAGCUGGAUGCCAAGGGCAUCGAGACGGUCCGCCGCGACAACUGCCCCGUGUCGCAAGCCGUCACGUAG